CUGCCCAGCCAGCUAUUGAUUUUUUUUCUAUUCUUGUUUAGAUACUCUUCUUUGACCUCAUGGUUCCCUGGAAAACAAUGAGCUCUGGCCAGUGUGAGCCCCCCUUUGCUCCAGGUGCAGCCACCUCUCCAUCCUUCUUGGUCUUCUCAUUAAGUCUGCUUUCUUUUUAUGUAGUUGCUCUCCUUGUGGCUCAUACCCCGAGGUUACAUGGACUAAAAGGAACCACCCUUGCAUUGUUUUUGGCUAAAAGGUCAAGUCUUGGCCACUCUUUGUGCCUGGUUUUGGUACCUUGAGGUGCUUGAGCCCAGCCUGGAAGCUUCCAUGUUUCUGCACAUUUUCUGCUUCUGCUUGUUCUCACAUUGCCUCAUCAAGUUUAUGUGUGGGCUGCCAACUCUGUGAUAAUUUCCUGUAGGGCCCGAUGAUCAGUACAUGUGUGUUUACGCUUCCAGGCUAUUAGAAAGUCUUGGCAUGCGUUUUGUUAGUAUGACAUGAACGUUGGGCUUCUCUGGGUUUUGACGGGCUUUCUUUGCCUUCCACUUGGGUAGGUCACUGCGCAGUGUCCCACAGUGUCACUGGUUAUGUGUUAGUAUGGAAAGGUGUGGGAAGUAAUCUCAGAAUGUCAGUAGCUUAACACAACCAAGCCUGCUUUUCACACACAGACCAGGCCAUGUUGCCUUCCUGAUGAGGGCAGGCACCUGCUCUGGGUCCUCAACCUUCUUCUUCCAUUAGGGAGAAAGUAGAGGGCCAUCGCAGACCAUGCCUGUGCACCAGUGGGAUAAUUGUUCGGAGUCGUGCUUGCUAGAGCUCUGUGGCACAGCCACUCCUGACUUCUAGAGAGCUGGAAAUGUAGGUCUUGCUACAUUCCCGUGGCUCCAGGGAGAAAGCUGAAAGUAUUGGAUGAAAAAUGGCUAGGUGACUGCUGUGUCAACUGCCAGGCUAUCAAUUAGAAAAACCAAUGUGUUCACAGAUAAAACUAACUUUAUGAUGACAAUCAGUUUUAGGGGCUGUCUGACCUCUGGUCACAGAGGACAGUCAGUCAGUCAGUCAGCUAAUCCAGGGCGCUGAAACUAGAAAUGUGUGUCUCAGUCUUCCUGUGGAAUGGCUUAGUUUUCCAGGUUCCCCCCACCUCUGACUGCUGCACAGUGCUGCCCCAAGGAGGGGCAGGCGCUACAGUGCGGAUGCCAGGCGCCAGCGGCAAAGAGAGGCUGCAGCAGCAGUCUGAGGGCUCAGAGCUCCGGAAGAUGGCCAUGUCUCUGCACAGUCAGGCUUUCCUCCCCUUGGUGUUCAAGGCAGUCUCCUGUGACUGUUUCUUACCAGAGAGCCUCUUCGAGUUCGUUUCUUGUGAACAUCUCAGCGAACUAAGACUUGUUCAUGCUUUCUCCAUUUGGAAACAGGUCCAGGAAUGUUAAGUGCUGAGUGCCAGGAGCCAUUUUGCUUUCUGUUUUUACUUUUAAGAUUUGUGUCAGUACAAGACUUCUACAAGACCAAGCCAGUCAAAAUCCAGCAUGAGACCCCACCCCUACUUGAAGAACUAAUGACAGCUGAUAGCUUCUAGGGGAGAGAGAGUCAAUUUUCUUUGGUGGUGUGGCCACUGGUAGGUUGAUCAUGCUCUGCUGAAUAGGACCAGACCCAUGCAUGUGGGUUAUUUUAAAAAACAAAAAGAAGAGGACAGGAAGAUGGGAGGGGGAUGUACUGAUGGAAAACUCCAGGAGACAUUGAAGGAGGGGGAGAAAGGAAUGGGUAUGAUCAAAAUACAUUAUAUAACUAUGUAAUUCUCAAGGAAUAAAUUAAAAAAUACUAUAUUAAAAAAGAUGUGGCAUUGUCUGUGACAUUUAUUCUUGCUUGUCAACUUGACCACAUCUGGACUUUACUAAAACCCAAGUGGCUGGGCAUACCUGUGAGAAAUUUUUUUUCUUAAUCAUCUGAAGUGGGAAGACGCACUUAUAACCUGGCCCACACUUCUUGUGGCAGCCUAUAUAAAGGACAUGGAAGGAAGAAGUUCUUUGCUCUUCUGCAGGCCCUCACUCUGAUUGCGACUUCAUUCCAUCACGGGCAUAGAGUACCUACUUCUUUGGGAUUCCGGCAUAUAAUGAAGACUAUCUGAACACUACUGGAUUUUUGGACUUCCACUGUUGGAUUAGUUAGACUACAGCCUUGAUGUUCUCCGAGCCCUGGAGGGAGUAAUGCAGAUGUCUCAUUAAUGACUGGUUGUUCAACAGUCACUUGUAUUUAGUCUCUGCAGUCACUGCUGCCCACUGCAGAAGGAAGCUUCCCUGACCAAAGACUGAUAAUGGACGUGUAUCCAGAGAUACCCUCCACUGAUGGCUGCACAAGUGAUGUAGUUGCAGAGAGAUACCUGGUUGAAUCCAAGAAGUCUACAGCUCAUGCUCCACUUGCUUGUGGCUCCCAGCACUGUGCUUUUCCUUUAGAUGGGAACCAUCUCUGUGUGUGGAGCCCCAGGGGCACUUCUCACCAGCUUCUCACCUUAGAAGGACACCAUCAGCUGAUUACUGCUGUGGUUUUUGGAAAUCAAGUAGAUCCACUUCAGCUCUGCUCUGCAUCACAGGAUUGUGUUAUAAUGUGGAAUGUAGACGACUGUAGAGACAAGACACUUAAAGGGCUGACUCCUCGAGGGACUAUCCUAGGCUCCCUUUUACAAACAGUGCACUGUUUGAGAUUUAGUCUGGAUGAUCGAGCUGUUGCUGUGUGUGCUGGAAACAAAAUAUCUGUGAUGGAUGUGGAGAAGCAGUCUGUGCUGGUGGAGCUGCAGGGCCAUCAAGGCUCAGUGACAGCAGUAGAAUUCUGUCCCUGGCAAGCAAACAUCCUCAUCUCCGUGUCUGAAGACAGAAGCUUUAAGGUCUGGGACUAUUGUGCGGGAUCCUUGAUAUACAGCUCAUCCAUUUUGACAGGUUGCCCUCUCCUGAGUUUGCUCAUCAGUGAAGAAAACCGACAGCUGGUCACUGGCAGUGCUGAUGGCCAGCUGUGGAUCUUUAGUUUGAUGGAGAGACAUCACUACCACUGUGUGGCACAUGUGGACCUAAGGAAGAAAAGCGAGACGUUCUCCACCCGAAGGAUGAUGGCUGGGCAGUACAGUCGGCCAGAAGACAGACAGCGCCACUCCAGACCUGAGGUGGAUAAAAAGGAAGAGGCUGAAGCAACAUUCCCUGUCCUGAGCCUGGCACACUGUGACCUCUGCCCACAGGAUUCCCAGUGUGGAGUAUUUUCUUCUGAGUGCACCAAAUGCCUGUGGAUUGGAAGCCCAACGGCUUUAUUCAUAUUUAAUCUGGCAAGUGUUGAAUUGGAAGCUGCUUUACAUUUCAAGGAAUUUCAGAGCCUGAGUGUCCAAAUUGCUGGGUCCUGUGCUGUGAUGAGUGAGGCCAUGAGCCCUAAGGCAUUUUGCAUACUUUCAUCUAUGUUUGGAAAUAAGAUCGCCAUGUUGGAAAUCAGCCUGGCUGCUCUGCUGAGCUUUCAGAAGUGCCCUGGUGCUGGAAGGAUGCUUUCCGUGCUGGCAAGCUCCUGUGUCCUGCCAACUUCUCCACUGUAUUUUGGAAUUAUUAAGGAAAACUUUACUAAGCCUGCUAAUACCAAAAAACAUGCUGUGAGGAGUGCCGUAGAGGACCGGCCCUUGGUCUUCCAUGCUAAAAUCAGGUCAUCUGGCUAUACAUCGGCACCGCAUGUAACUAUGUUUUCACCAAAGACUAACAUCAAGCGUAAUAGCAAAAGAACUUCAAAAUUCAAGAACAAUUACAAAUGUAAGGAGUACUCUCUGGAGGAUUUCCUACCCCGAAGUCUCAGCAGGCAGGUUGCCGUGGCCCAGGAGUCUGUUGCUGUACACUGUCUGCAGUACUCGGGGGAUGGACAGCGGUUGGCCUGUGGCUUAGCUAACCACCUUUCCCUGGUCUUUGAUGCUAGCCUUUCUGGAACACCUGCUGCUUUUUCAGGUCAUGAUGGAGCGGUGAACACUGUCUGCUGGAGCCAUGACAAGAAAUGGCUGCUGUCUACAGGCCGGGACCAGACACUGAGGGUGUGGUCAGUUCACAGGACAGAACUCAUGCUGCUUUUGGGUCCAGAGUCCUUUCCCAAGCCAAUAACAUCUGCACAAUUCUACUACAUGGAUACUUUCAUACUGUUGUCUUCUGGCUCUGAAUUUUGGCUGCUAAAGUACCACAUUGACCUCUGUAGGGAUGACAUACGAAGGUAUAAGCCAAAAAGCAGGUAUAAGCCUAUUUUUAGACUCCCGUUGACCAGUGGGGCAGAAGUGACCACCCUGUCUGCAGUGAAUGACUUUUAUUCCCACAUCGUACUCACCGCUGGCCGGGACCGGACUGUGGAAGUUUUUGACCUCAAUGUUGGCCACAGUGCUGCCGUGAUAGCUGAAGUCCAUUCACGGCCCGCCCAUCAGAUUUGUCAAAAUAAAGGAUCAUCAUUUACGACCCAGCAGUCUCUGGCGUACAAUCUUUUCCUGACCACAGCUGUUGGUGAUGGGGUUCGACUGUGGGACCUGAGGACUCUGAGGUGUGUGCGCCGCUUCGAAGGGCAUCCCAGCCGCUGUUACCCUUGCGGAGUUGCUUUUAGCCCUUGUGGAAGACUCAUGGGCUGUGGUGCAGAGGACAGACAUGCGUACGUGUAUGAAAUGGGCUCGAGCAGCUUCCUGUAUCGUCUUGCAGGGCAUACAGAUACGGUUACUGAAGUGGCCUUCAACCCAGCAGCUCCGCAGCUUACCACUGCCACCUUGGAUGGGAAACUUCAGCUGUUUGUGGUUGAGUGACUGCUGACCUGCUGGUAAUACAGGAAGAAACGAGAAAGAGUUCAUGGUUUAGCCAUUGAGGCAGAUGGGACAGUUUUUACAGGAGGCCCAUGUUGGAUUCCCCUUCUCUAGGACUCACCUUCCUCUGAGCUUCCCUCCUCUUAAGAAAACCCUCUUAGAAACAAUAGCCCAUCUGUGCUGGCGUUCUUCAAUAAAUAUGAGCCUGUGUCUGUUU